AUGUUAUGGAUUCUACGUUUUUUGACAGCUGUUGCUUUUCUCGAAACAUCGAAUACGGAGACACUCCUUCAACAAUUAUUUAAUCAAACUUACGAUGUGGAUAUGAAACCAUCUGAUGAUUUAACAAUGGUUACAAUAACUCCAAAUACAUUUAUUUUAUUAUCUAUGGAUCAGACUCAGGAGACCAUUCAGUAUUCCGAAGAAUUUUUAUUGAGGUGGUAUGAUCCAAUACUUCAUUGGAAUCAAUCUGCAGUUUCCUAUGAAAAUGAUUGGAUCAAAAUAUCCGCAAGUCGCGCCUGGAUCCCUGAUGUUAUUUUUACAAAUGGAAUCGAUAUGGAUCCACUUCUUGAUAAGGACAUGCAAAUGGCAGAUCUUCGUUAUAAUGGAGAAAUCCGUACAAGUCGUCCUGCAGUUGUUAGUUCACCUUGCCCGCUUGAAAUUGACAAUUUUCCAUAUGAUGUUCAAAAGUGUAAUAUUUCAAUGGGAUCAUGGGCAUUUGAUAGAAGAUUUCUUUCGGUCCAGUCUUCAACGAUUGAGAUUUUACCACAAAAAGGAAGAUUUGAGGGAAACAGCGAAUGGGAGCUCAUAUCAAUUCUCACCGUCCGUUCCGACAGCUAUGACACUUUAUUAGAAGAAUGGUUUUCUGAAAUUACAUAUGUUGUCACAUUAAAGAGAAAGCCAGUUUAUUAUGUACUUGUUAUCCAGGCUCCCACUUUCAUUUUAUGCACUAUCACAAUAUUCGGUCUUUUCACACCGAAUAGUAAUGAGGAUGAGCGACUUUCAAAGGUUGAACUAUGUUUGAACAUGUUUGCUGCAAUUUCAAUGAUGCUCCAAUUGGUUUCCGAUAUGAUGCCCAAGGCUUCUCGUCUCCCAUUACUCGGAAAUUAUAUUAUUGCGGAGAUUUUUGUUGUGACAGCAGCAACAAUUGCAUCAAUUAUUAUCCAACAAACGCAUCAUCAUGUUCAUACAAGUGCAAUUCGGCCACGGAGAUGGUUACGAUGUUUAGUUCUUUGUGAAUGCAGAAGAAGAAGAUUUUCUAUAUCAGAAGCAAGUACUGUUUCCAGUGUAGAUGUUCCAGAGCACGCGAUUCAAUCAUUCUCUAUUCUCAAGUCAUCAUUACAUCAAACAGCAGUUCUAGUUCGUGAUACUCUCCAACGGAUGUCUUUAAUAAGUGAAAACCAAUUGCUUUGGCUUAAAAUUCUCGACAAAACUGAUUUAAUGUGUCUUUUUCUGUUUCAAGUUGCUAAUAUUGUCGUUACAGCAGUUUUUUGGAGAUAA